CUCUUCUAGUGCGCACAAAAAAAGACCCUGUAUGGAAAACAAAAACUUAACUAGACUUUAAAUUCCAUGAACAAAGUAUAAAUUACACUAGUCCAGAACUGAAUUACUUUUAAUUCCAAAUGUCUUUUGACCAGUCCACUUUGUGGCGAAAUAUUUUAAGUCCAGACCAGAGGUGGACACCUAGAGAGUAUAGAGAAGGAGGUCGCUGUUUGCAUGCCCCGGAGAAAUGUCAGGUCCUUUCCAGAGCCAGGCAGGAAGACAAGUUUCACCUCGGCAGACCUGCUUUUAAUCCUAACCCUAACCAAUACUUGAAAGAAAAAGCAGAUCAGUUUGAUCCAAUCCAAUCCAGUGUAAAGGACUUCCAAAACGUCAGUUCAAAAUGCAAGGCAAAAUUUUCAGAUGCAUUUAGUCAUCGUGCCAGGGAAACACACAGACUUUUGACUCCAACAGUUCAACGUUCUGCAAGAGAAGCGCUUUGUGCACAGCGCCAAAGGUUGAAUCACUUACGAGGAACUGUUUGGAUGUUUCCUAAAAUUCAAAAGCAUUUAAAUGAUGCAAAUGUUAAGUAUACGGUUGAAAGAACCAGCGGAAACCAGAACGACGAGACUUACUUGUUUGUCUCUUUAGCAGAGCCGAAAGUUUCUGAGCCGGAAAUAAUCGAAAAAUCUCUGGAAAUCGCUGCAGUUUCAGAAGCAGAAGAAGUAAUCGAGGAAAAGGAAAAUACUGAACAGGAGCCAGAGAUGAAAGAAGAACCAAGCACAAGUGAAGUAGGCUGGUACAAGCAGCCCAAGUCUACUCGUUGCUGGAUUGACGACGCCACCAUCUCCAGCUUCUCAGAAGUUUCUGACGUCAGGAAGACGGGUCUGCUGUAUGAGAGGAAAGAAAAGGCCCGAGAUGCCAGUCAGCCCAUGCAAGCCUCUCCCAACGAAACUGUCACCUCAGACUAUGGCCCCUACCCCGGACCAGCCACCCCCACUAUGGAAGACUCCCAAAGAUCUGAUCAGCCAGCGGAAACUCCAGUGGAGCCAACGGCGAGAGCAGACGACAACGUGCCGGAUGAAGAUCUUGACGGGUCCAGGGAAACCAGUGAAGUGGAUGAGAGGCAGACCAAUGAACCAGAUGUUGGCCCACCCCCGUACAUAUGUCCCAGCUCACCAACCAGGUCACACAUGAUAGAAAUAAAGAGAUGGCUAAGUAGGUCAACCUUCUCUGCCGCUACCAGAACUAUGCCCAUGAUGUAAAGUCAAUGUAACGGUCAUACAUCCAGUUAGUGUUACUUUCAAACCUAUUCUUAUUGACUCAGAAUUCUAUUUUAAAUGCUUUUCUAAAAGUGCAACUGCAUUAAAUAUUUGACCCUAACAUUCAAUAAAACUCCUUUCUAUUAA